GAGCUGAGCUUCAGCAUGAAGACCAACGUGAGCAAGGCGCUGGUGCUCUACCUGGACGACGGCGGGAACUGCGACUUCCUGGAGCUGCUCAUCGCCGGCGGGCGGCUGCAGCUCCGCUUCGCCAUCCACUGCGCCGAGCCCGCCGGCGUCGUCAUGGAGACGGCGGUCAGCGACGAGCGCUGGCACUCCGUGCUGCUCACGCGCAACUUCCGCCAGACCAUGCUGGUGGUGGACGGCGAGGCCAAGGUGGCGGAGGUGAAGUCCAAGCGCCGCGAGAUGGCGGUGGUCAGCGACCUGUUCGUGGGCGGGAUCCCGCCCGACGUGCGUCUCUCCGCCCUCACCUCCAGCACGGUGAAGUACGAGCCGCCCUACGUGGGGCUGGUCGCCAACCUGAAGGUGGGGGACGUGCUGCCCACCCUGCUCAACAGCCAGGGCAUCGACAGCGAUGUGGAGUACCUGUGCGCCAAUCAGAACCCCUGCCUGAACGGCGGAUUCUGCUCCGUCCACCGGGGGGAGGUCACCUGCGACUGCUCCCUCACACGCUACCGCGGGAAGCACUGCAGCGAAGCAGAAGAGCGAGCGGGGGAAGGUGAAUCAUCGCAGUCUGGUAAAGAGGAGUCAUCGGUGGCCACCUUCAAGGGAACCGAGUUCUUCUGCUACGACCUGUCGCUGACGCCCAUCCAGAGCAGCACGGACGAGAUCACGCUGUCCUUCCGCACCCUGCAGCGCAACGGGCUGAUGCUGCACACGGGCAAGUCGGCCGACUACGUCAACCUGUCGCUGAAGAGCGGCGCCGUCUGGCUCGUCAUCAACCUGGGCUCCGGCGCCUUCGAGGCCCUGGUGGAGCCCGUCAACGGCAAGUUCAACGACAACGCCUGGCACGACGUCCGCGUCACCCGCAACCUGCGCCAGGUGACCAUCUCUGUGGACGGGAUCCUGACCACCACCGGGUACACGCAGGAGGACUACACCAUGCUGGGCUCGGACGACUUCUUCUACAUCGGGGGGAGCCCCAACACAGCCGACCUGCCGGGGUCCCCCGUCAGCAACAACUUCAUGGGCUGUCUGAAGGACGUGGUGUACAAGAACAACGACUUCAAGCUGGAGCUGUCCCGCCUGGCCAUCGAGCAGGACCCUAAGAUCAGCCUCCACGGGGACCUGCUGUUCCACUGCGAGGACGUGGCCGCCCUGGACCCCGUCACCUUCGAGACGCCCGAGUCCUUCAUCGCCCUGCCCCGCUGGAACACCAAGAAGACGGGCUCCAUCUCCUUCGACUUCCGCACAGUGGAGCCCAGCGGCCUGCUGCUGUUCAGCCACGGGCGCCUGGCGGGGAAGGAGCAGCGGCCCGACCGCCAGCUCAAGGCCGACUACUUCGCCAUCGAGCUGCUGGACGGCUUCCUCUUCCUGCUCAUGGACAUGGGCUCCGGCAGCAUCAAGAUGAAGGCCAGCACCAAGAAGGUCAACGACGGGGAGUGGUGCCACGUGGACUUCCAGAGGGAGGGCCGCAAAGGGUCGAUCUCGGUGAACAGCCGCAGCACCCCGUUCUUCUCCAACGAGGGCAGUGAGAUCCUGGACUUGGACAGCGACAUGUUCCUGGGGGGUCUGCCCGAGCUGCGGGGCGAGCUGGUGCUGCCCCCGGAGGUGUGGACGGCGCUGCUGAACCUGGGCUACGUGGGCUGCGUGCGCGACCUCUUCAUCGACGGGAAGAGCCGCGACCUGCGCCGCCUGGCCGAGAUGCAGGGCUCGCUGGGCGUCAGCAGCUUCUGCACCCGCGAGCUGCAGAAGAGGUGCAGCAGCGCCCCCUGUGGCGGCCGCGGGCAGUGCAGGGAGGGCUGGAACCGCUACAUCUGCGACUGCACCGGGAGCGGGUACCUGGGACGCAACUGUGAAUCCGAGGCCACGGUGCUGAGCUACGACGGCAGCAUGUACCUGAAGGUCCUGCUGCCUGGCACGCUGCACACGGAGGCGGAGGACGUGGCUCUGCGCUUCAUGUCCCAGCGGGCCUACGGCCUGCUCAUGGCCACCACCUCCAAGGAGUCGGCCGACACCCUGCGUCUGGAGUUGGACGGGGGCCGUGUCAAGCUCACCGUCAACCUCGAUUGUAUCAGGAUAGACUGUAAUCUCAGUAAAGGACCGGAGACGGUGUUCGCCGGACAGAAGCUCAACGACAACGAGUGGCACGCGGUGAAGGUGGUGCGACGGGGGAAGAGUCUGCAGCUCUCUGUGGACAACGUGACCGUGGAGGGCCAGAUGUCAGGCGCCCACACGCGGCUGGAGUUCCACAGCAUCGAGACGGGCAUCAUGACGGAGCGGCGCUUCAUCUCCGUGGUCCCCUCCAACUUCAUCGGGCACCUGCAGGGGCUGUACUUCAACGGCGUGCCCUACCUGGACCAGUGCAAGAACGGCGACAUCUCGCACUGCGAGCUCAACGCCCGCUUCGGCAUGCGGCACAUCAUCGCCGACCCUGUCACCUUCCGGAACCGAGCCAGCUACCUGGCGCUAGCCACCCUGCAGGCCUACGCCUCCAUGCACCUCUUCUUCCAGUUCAAGACCACCUCCACCGACGGCCUGCUGCUCUACAACAGCGGGGACGGCAGCGACUUCAUCGUGGUGGAGCUGGUCAAGGGGUACAUCCACUACGUGUUUGACCUGGGGAACGGGCCGUCGCUGAUGAAGGGGAACUCGGAGAAGCAGCUGAACGAUAACCAGUGGCACAACGUGGUGGUGUCCCGGGACGCGGGUAACGUGCACACGCUGAAGAUCGACUCACGCACCGUGACGCAGCACUCCAACGGAGCGCGCAACCUGGACCUCAAAGGAGAGCUGUUUAUCGGAGGGGUGGAGAGGAGUAAGUACAACGCUCUGCCCAAGCUGAUCGCCUCGCGGGACGGGUACCAGGGCUGCCUGGCCUCGGUGGAUCUGAACGGCAGGCUGCCUGACCUGAUCGCUGACGCCCUGCACAGAGAGGGGCAGGUGGAGCGCGGCUGUGAUGGCCCCAGCACGACCUGCACGGAGGACUCCUGCUCCAAUCAGGGCGUGUGCCUCCAGCAGUGGGAGGGCUUCUCCUGCGACUGUACCAUGACGUCCUACGGGGGUGCGCACUGCGGCGACCCUGGGACCACCUAUAUUUUCGGGAGAGGAGGAGCCCUCAUCACGUACACCUGGCCCCCCAACGACCGGCCGAGCACCCGGGCGGACCGGCUGGCAGUGGGGUUCAGCACGCAGCUGAGGGAGGCCAUCUUAGUGCGGGUGGAGAGCGCCACCGGGCUGGGAGACUACCUGGAGCUGCACAUAGAGCGAGGAAAGAUCGGCGUCAUCUUCAACGUGGGCACCGAUGACAUCACCAUCGAGGAGCACGGGGUCAUGGUGAGCGACGGGAAGUAUCACGUGGUGCGCUUCACUCGCAGCGGCGGAAACGCCACACUACAGGUGGACAACCAGCCCGUCAUCGAGCGCUACCCAAUAGGGGGCUCUGAUAAUGAGCGGCUGGCUAUUGCUAGACAGAGAAUCCCAUACCGAAUCGGUCGGGUAGUUGACGAAUGGCUACUCGACAAAGGGAGACAGCUGACCAUCUUUAACAGCCAGGCAGCGAUUAGGAUCGGGGGUCAGGACAGGGGCCUCCCGUUCCAGGGGCAGAUUUCGGGGCUGUACUACAAUGGGCUGCAGGUACUGAAGCUGGCCUCGGAGGGGGACCCCAACGUCCAGGCCGAGGGGAACCUGCGUCUGGUGGGGGACGUGCCGUCCGUGCUCACCACCGAGACCACCUCCGCCACGCCUCUCUCCGACAUGUCCACCACCAUCAUGGAGACCACCACCACCAUGGCAACCACCACCACGCGCAAACAGCGCUCCCCCACCAUGAGGGACAGCGUCACACCGAACACGGACGAUCUGCUGGUGGCUUCGGCCGAGUGCCCGACGGACGACGAAGACCUCGACGAGUGUGAGCCGGGAACUGCCAACCCCACGUCGCCGGGAGAGAGAGGUCCUCCAGGGGCGGUGGAAGUCUUCCCAGAGUCCAGCAGCACCACGGGCAUGGUGGUGGGCAUAGUGGCCGCGGCCGCCCUGUGCAUCCUCAUCCUGCUCUACGCCAUGUACAAGUACCGCAACCGCGACGAGGGCUCCUACCAGGUGGACCAGACCCGCAACUACAUCAGCAGCUCCGCCUCGCAGAGCAACGGCGCCGUCGUCAAGGAGAAGCAGCCGGGGACCGUCAAGACCGCCACCAAGAACAAGAAGAACAAGGACAAGGAGUACUACGUCUGAGA